UUGCUCCCUCUCCCCUUACUCCAAACAUAAUGUUUUGUCCACUAAACUUUAUUUGAUUUGUUUUCUUUUGCACAAGUAGAUAAAAAGUCAACACUUUCAUAGUUUCCUCAAACCAAGGAUAAGAGGACAACAAUGACAGAAAACUAAUAAAUUGGCAAGUCAAACAAGAAGGAUAACUGCAAAAUUGCCAGAAACGAGUAGCCAGAUUCUCUUUUAAGAAAAGCAAUUUUUUGGCAAAGUUUUAGUAACUACUAAUGGAAGUGAAAGUUGAGAGUGGAGGUGUCCAGGAAGAAGAGAAAUUGGGUUGGGGCAGGUCUUUGCCAGUGCCAAGCAUCCAUGAGAUAGUGAGGAAUGAUUCUUAUUCAAUUCCAGACAGAUACAUCCAAGAACACAAGGAUAGGCCACAAGUUUCUGAGAGUUUGCCUGCUUCACUUGAAAUCCCAGUCAUAGAUUUCUCCUUGUUAAUCAAAGGAGAUGAAGAUGAAAGAAGGAAAUUUGACCUUGCCUGCAAGGAGUGGGGAUUUUUUCAGAUAACAAAUCAUGGGAUAGCAAUAGAGGUCUUGCAUAAGAUGAAGACUGCUGUUGCAGCAUUCUUUGAACUUCCACUCAAAGAAAAAAAAAAGUAUGCAAUGGCUGCAAAUGAUCUUCAAGGAUUUGGGCAAGCCUAUGUAGUUUCAGAGGAGCAGAAACUUGAUUGGAAUGACAUGAUAUUCUUGAACACUCUCCCUCCUGAAAAAAGAAAUUUCAAGUUCUGGCCAGUCACUUCCCCGGGUUUCAAAGAAGCAGUGGAUCAGUACGCAAAAGAAGUACAGAAGGUUGCUGCAGAGAUCUAUGCCAAUUUAUCAGUAUUGAUGGGGCUGGAUAGAGAUGGUCUAAUAAAGUUGCAAGGAGAGCUAAAACAAGGAAUAAGAAUGAACUAUUACCCAGCUUGCUUAAGGCCAGAACUUGUUCUUGGCAUUAGUCCUCACUCUGAUAGCAGCGCAUUGACCUUGCUUUUGCAAGAUGAUGAAAUCACUGCCCUCCAAAUCAAGCAUAAACAGUCAUGGGUUAAUGUUAAGCCGGUUCCCAAUUCUCUAGUAGUGAACAUUGGUGAUGCUACUGAGAUUCUGAGCAAUGGGAUGUACAAAAGCAUUGAACACAGAGCCAUCACAACUGAGAAAAAAGAGAGAAUAUCAAUUGCAGCAUUUGUGUUUCCAGAUGAAGAGCAAGAAAUUGGUCCACUUGAAUCAAUGGUGGAUGAACUCCAUCGCCCUAGAAUGUACAGAAAAAUGAAGUAUGUUGAUUAUGUCAGGCAAGUUUUCACAAGGAAAAUGGAAGGAAAAGCUCACAUUGACAUUGUGAAGUUAGAAAACAAGUAAUUCAAACUGUGUUCUGUUCUCCGUUUCAGGAUUGCUGGAUGCAUUUGGCAGGUAAAUCAGAAAAAAAAAAUGCCAUUACCAUUUGAUUUACUCAUAAACUGUACAAGUUCAACUCUUCAGAUAUGCAACUUAUAUUAUAUAUAAUUUCUUGCAAUGGUUGCUUGGUUUGGAGUUCCUGUAAAUUUGUUCUUGUUUUUAUUUUGCUAAAACCUAGACAAAGAGCAUGGUUGAUUUCAGAAUAGGGCAUAUAAAUCCUGCAUUCUGUUCUUCCUUACCAUUAAUUUUCAUUAUUAAGAGUUCUUCCAUGGCCUUUUCCCUGGUCCAUCUCAUGUUUUUUUACCUUAGCAUAAGCUGCCAAUGCUUUAUUUUCUUGGAAAACAAUGACGGAAAACCAUGCCCAAUUUUUCCAAGAAGGAAAUUCACUGAGUUAGUCCAAAUAGAUUUAUCUACGUGGAACCUAACAAAUUCAUGAAAAGUUACCUUCUUAUAACCUACCAUCGGAGACUCCCAAUGGAUUCGAACUUAAACAACAAAGAGAAAAGUACACUCUCUAACAAAGCAACAAAUUCUUAGCUUUUGGGAUGAAAACUUGUGAAUGUGCUUCAUUGUCACCAUAUCCAAAAAGCUUGGCCUCCAAAAGUAAAAUGCUUUCUUUUGCUUCCAAUGAAGUUCUAUUGCUCACUGAACUAGGACCAUUCAGAC